UCCUGAUUAUCCUGAUUUUAUUGGUAUUGUCCUUUUAUUAUUGGCAAAUGCUACCAUCGGUUUUAUGGAAGAACGUCAAGCUGGAAAUGCUGUCAAGGCUUUAAUGGAAUCUUUAGCUCCUGAAUGCAAAGUCAAACGUGAUGGUCAAUGGAAAACAAUGGAAGCCGCUGAAUUGGUGCCUGGUGAUAUUAUUUCUAUCAAAUUGGGUGAUGUGAUUCCUGCAGAUGGUCGUCUUAUUGCUGCACAUGGACAAGUUUCUAUUGACCAAGCUGCUUUGACCGGUGAAUCUUUACCAGUUGGAAAAGAAUCAGGUGAUGAAAUCUUUUCUGGAUCUACUGUAAAACAAGGAGAAGCUGAAGCUAUUAUCAUUGGUACUGGAUUAAAUACCUUCUUUGGUCGUGCUGCCAAGUUGGUCGGUGAAGCAGGAGAAGAAGAAGGUCAUUUACAAACUAUUUUGGCCAAAAUUGGGAACUUUUGUCUUGUUACCAUUGGAAUCUUUUUGGUGAUUGAAAUCAUUGUUAUGUAUGCUGGUUUCCAUUAUGCUUAUCGUCGUGGUAUUGACAACGUUUUGGUAUUACUUAUUGGUGGUAUCCCUAUUGCUAUGCCUACUGUUCUUUCAGUCACACUUGCCAUUGGUGCCAAACAGCUUGCUGAACACAAAGCUAUUGUUACCCGUAUUACUGUUUGAAUAAGUUGAUUGUGGAUA